UUGUGUGAGGACAUUUGUAAAUUUGCAUUAGCAAACACUGUUCAUGUCAACUUGUCUUAGGCUGUGUUUCCACAGGUUGUCCAAUUCUGAUCUCUGAUCCAAAGCCAUUCUCUGACCACUGGAGAUUUGUAUUUGCUUCCGUGUUGAUACUGGAAGGUGGACUUGAUUGAAUUGAGCCAACAGUUAAAUUGAGUCCCUGAAUAGAUCAAGACUGAAAUAGUAUGUAGUUAUCUUCAAAUUUCCCACCAAUGUGGCACACGUGGAAUGGUCCCAAAAUAAAUGUUUGCACUUUUGAAACAACUCCAUUGUUUCCUUAUGCCGUGUCAGCUUAAAGCUAAAUCAUGUGCACCUAAAGAAUUUGACAGAAAAAAAUGAAUACUACUAAGACCCAGGUCUGCUGUAGUCUUUUGGCCUCAGGGAUGGGGGAGAGAGGAAAGCAGGUGUAUAUCUCUGUCUGUCUGAUAACUGGCUGUUCCUGACCUCUGAAUCGGAUGUUUCCUUUCAGGGUUGUUCUUCAGGAAGCUUUAGAAGGUUAUGUGACACUUCUUAAAGAUUGCCACUUGCACUGCUGAUAAAUGUUUUUUCAUCUACUCUGAGUGUUGUUGUGGCUGAUGUUUUUCAGAGAGCUGAGUGUUGGUGAUGGGGACUGUAUUGGUUGUUUGUUUCCUCUCAGAGAGUAGUCUCUCUGUCGAGGACAUUUCCCUAUAGUGUGGUUGUUUUACUUUUUAUAAUCUCUUAUCUGUUUUGUGGGAAGAAAGAAGAAUUCAGGUAUUUAAAUCCUGUGUCUUAACUCUCAUUUAUAUUUCUGUCAAAUUUGACUGCACAUUGUGAGUAUAAUUGUGUGUCUCCAGGUAUAAACAAAUGUGUGGACAGACAUUUUAGUGAUUUUUCUGUUUUAUCUUGCUGCUCUGCUAGUUGUUUUGGCUUUAUAGAAUAACACCAUGAGUUUCUGAAAAUGUCCAGGAACUUUGCUGUGGAGAUGUAGGGAUCAUUGACUUAAGGGGAGGAAACAUGCAGGGAGCCCUACCGUGAGUGAGUUGCAGUAGUCCAAAUUCGGGACCUCUGGGCCCCACCAUCCACUGGAUGCUAGCAGCCAUAACUUGACAUCUCGCCCCAUAAUGCCCUGCACACCUGAGGGGGACCAGGUGGUCCCGUCCUUCCAGAGAUUAUCAGUGUAUGAACAGGGUCCAUCUCGCACACCUAAGCCGCUGCCCCCUCUCCCUGACCUGGGGGAUAUCUCUUCAGAUGAGGCAGCAGACAGCGAGGUGGAAUUCUUCAUUGACGAGAGGAGCUGUCUUCUCCCACCGCGCUGCUUCCCCAAGGCCCCGGCUCUUUGCUACGGAGCCCCCAGGCAACGCACCGUCAGAGCCUGUGGUCAGGUCAACUAUGCAUUACAUGAUCGAUCCCCUGGGACUAGCAUCUCAGCUAGCUUUGUGGGUAGCAGCUCAGCAGGUGUAAUGGCUCACAGCAUGGCUAUCUCUGGGGCUAGCAAGUGGGCAGGCAGUGAGGCUAGUGGAUGGGCAGACAAUGGAGGUAACCGUGGAGACCAGGAGCAACAGAUGCAGUUUAUGAGACACCCAGAGCCAGGGUCAGUGGUGCUAGCGGCCAAGGACAUCACCAGCAAGCAGCCUGAUCGGCCUCAGCGUUCUAGGCUGCGGCGCUCUCACUCCGGACCAACUGGCUCCUUCAAGCCUUCUGGCAUCCGCAUGUCGUGUCACCUUCACCACCAACAUGGCAGCUGCAGGGGUUAUCCCCAGUUGGACAAGCCAGAAGUUCCUCCCCGAAUCCCCAUCCACCGGUACCCAACCAAGAUUGCAGAUGGCCAGAGCUGCCACGUUGCCGAGGACCAGGACAAACCUCCUAAAGUCCCUCCUAGGGAACCGAUUGUUCCACCUUGUGGUUCCAGUUGCACCCCGAAUCCAAAGACCCUCCCCGUAUAUGUGAAUGGAGUGAUGCCCCCUACGCAGAGCUUUGCCCCCAACCCCAAGUAUGUUAGCCAGGGCCCCCAAAUGCUGCAGCAGCCCAGAGGGGGCCAACCAGAGAACUUGUUGGGCCCACGCUCCCCCUGUAUUGUGCCCAUUAUGGAAGAUGGGAGGAAAGAUAGUGCCACGCACUAUUUUCUGUUACCACGACGGCCAUCUUACAUGGACAGGUUAGAGCGGUUCUUGUGAGGUGUCCAGCAAAAGACAGAAACACUUCAGUUGAUAUAGACCUUCAGCAUAUCUAGAAGCUAACCCAACACACUAAUGUCCAUCUGCAA